UAAAUGAUUGAUAAGGAAUUAAUCCAAUCAAAGCUACUAGGGAGACAACAUUUUCCUAUCUUUUGCCUAAAACAAACACUCCGUAAUAUACAGGCAUAUCAGCAAAAGAGAUUCCGACAUAAUAACAAAGUACAUGGAAUUACUGCAUCUAAUGUGCUACUCAUACUUAAGAGUAGAUAAAGUCGAGUUUUGAAUUGUCCCUACAAAUCCAUACUAGAUAACAUUAUUCACCAUAUUUAAGAGUAAGGUAUUGGCCAUUGGACUAAUUAACACCUAGAAAAAGAAAACAGAUAUUUACUCCAUACAUGACCAAGAGAAGUAGAAUUGCUCUGUUCUUUAAUUGCAUGAGAACUAACUAAGAAAACAUGAAUAUAUAAACUAGGCAAAAUAGUUGGCUUUAGAACGAAACAUUAGUUCAUCAGGCAUUUAACUAUUCUACUUUCUGGAUUUAGACUUUAAAAACAUUAAUUAGUAAUUAUCAGUUGUAUGUUAAUUGCGUGGGUUGAACUCUAGAGAAGUAAAUUAAUACAUGACUUUGUUUUGGGCCCCUUUUAGUCCUACCAGGCCGCCAGGGUGAUUGGCCCGCCAAACAUGGAAAAUGCAAAAGAGAUAACUAAUAAUACAAAACCACAUGGGAUAACACAUCAAUUAUUCCAUUUACUUUCCCCUAAAAACUCGGGAAAGGUAACAAUAACGGAUAAAGCACAAGAAUUAAGACAAACAAGAAAGAGUGCAAGAAGGUGAGUAAAUGUGCGAAAAACAUAAUAAAAGAGUAAGAUAUAUCAAGUCAAAAAGUAUAAAUAUUGUAGAGUACGUAAUAGCAGUAUAGUAAAAGAAGGUGGAUAAAAAUGAGAUAAAGUAAAAGCGUUGAGAACAUUAUGAAACAGGCUAUAAUGAAUAGUUAGAACAUUAUAAAAACAAAGUUAAUAUUUAUAGAUUAAAUGACAAAUUUGAAAGGAAAUAAGAAAAAAAAAAUCACUAAAUAGUAGAAACAUUUGAUAUGAAUCAUUUGAGAUCAACAUAAAUGGAAAGAAAUCACAAAAUACUAAAGCAAUGUGAAAGAUAUCUCUUGGGAUUUUAUAUAAAAUUUAAAAACAAAUAAAAAAAAAAAUUUAAAAAGAAAAAGAGAAAAAAUUAGAGUUGUGAAGGGAAAAAAAAAACAAACCAAUCCUAUGGCCACCCUCUAAGGUUUGUACUUAUACAUAUAAUAGUACACAAGUUAGCUUUCCCACAUUCUAGAAAAUUAGAGAAAAAUAGCUCUAUCACAAUUCACAAGUGAAGCAAAAACAUAGAGAAAAUGUCUAAUAUCAAGCAAUUGCUGGAGAGUCAAAUAACCUUGUUCUUUAUGCACCCUUUCACAGCCUUACCAUUCUUCUUCUUCUUUUUCCUCUCCCUUUACAAACUCCUCUUUAACCACAAAACCCGAAAUCACCUACCGCCUUCUCCAUCAAAACUUCCAAUCAUAGGAAACUUGCAUCAAAUUGACAAGAAACUACCACAUCGAUCAUUGCAUAGUUUAGCCAAAAAACAUGGGGCUCUCAUGUUACUCUACUUUGGCCGAAACCCGGUCCUUGUGGUCUCAUCCGCAGAGGCAGCAAGCAAAGUCAUGAAAUCACAUGACACCAUAUUCGCAAACAGGCCAAUUCUAAGCAUGUUCAAAAGGCUUCUUUACAACUGUAGAGAUGUCGCAACAGCACCUUACGGUGACUAUUGGAGACGAAUGAGAAGCAUAUGUGUCAACCAACUUCUAAGCUAUAACCGAGUCCAGGCAUUCCAUAAUGUCAGACAAGAAGAAAUAGCACAAAUCGUCGAAGAGAUCAGGUCAUCACCGUCAAAAGCAGUAAACUUAAGUAAGAUGCUUUCCAAUUUUUCGACUGAUGUUAUAUGCAGGGCAGCCUUUGGGAUGAAGUUCGAUGGACAAAGAGACGGGAUCGAUUUUAAGGAGUUGCACGAAAAGCACGAAGAACUCGUAGGCAGCAUUAAUAUAGGUGAUUUUAUCCCUUGGCUAGGGUGGAUUAAUCAUGUGAAUGGUGUGGAGAAGGAUGUUAGGACAGUUUCAAGAAAUAUGGAUAGCUUUCUUGAAAGUUUAGUCCAAGAGCAUAAAUUAAAGGGCAUAAAUGAAGGGGAAAAAUCUGAAAACAAACAAGAUUUUGUGGAUGUUUUACUUGAGUUGCAACAAGAUCAUUCAGCCGAAAUGAGUCUAGACAAAGAUAGCAUCAAAGGCAUUAUAUUGGACAUGUUUGUAGCUGGGUCUACAACAACUUAUGCAACACUAGAAUGGGUCAUGUCUGAACUUCUAAGAAAUCCAACAAUUAUGGAAUCUCUACAGAAAGAAGUGAGGGAAAUUACCAGAGAUAAAGCAAACAUAACAGAGAAUGAUCUUGAGAAAAUGGAGUACCUGAAAGCAGUAAUCAAGGAGACAUUUAGGCUACAUCCUCCAGUUCCCUUGUUAUUGCCUCGUAUUUCAUCUCAAGAAACACAGCUCCAUGGCUAUGACAUACCUGCUAAAACACAAGUCAUCAUCAAUGCAUGGACAAUCCAUAGAGACCCGAGUUUUUGGAAAGAACCUGAACGAUUCAAUCCCGAGAGGUUUCUGAAUUCUUCCAUAGACUUUAAGGGGCAGCACUUCAACUUGAUUCCAUUUGGAUCAGGAAGGAGGGGGUGCCCGGGGAUACAUUUUGGCACCGCGAACUUAGAGCUUGUUUUAGCAAACUUCAUGCAGAAGUUCGAUUGGGCGUUGCCUGAAGGAGCUCAAGGAAUGAAUUUGGACAUGGAGGAACACCCUGGACUUACAAUUCACAGGGAGACUCCUCUUCGUGCCAUUGCAACUCCCCGUUUUACCUGGUGAACGAUCAAAGCAUCAACAUUUGCCAACAACUUUUAUCUGCAUCAAUCGUAGUCUCCUCUGAAUAAUGCUUUAAUUUCUUUGUUUAGAUUAGAAUUGUAAGCCAACCGGCAGUAACAUUAUAACCACCAGUCCACCAGUUUGUUUCUUAUUUUCAA